AUGAAGACCAAGAUCGCUAUACUUAAGGGUAUGCUGGCCCUGCUGCCCAUGGUGGUAGUUGCGAAGCCCGGGGUGGACCAGCAAAUCGCGUUCCUCGAAGACUCAAAUUCGACUUUGCUGCAAUAUCCCACACAGUUCACACAGAGCAUCAUGCCGAAGAAUAUACAUUCACACAACGACUACUGGCGCGAUGUCCCUCUGCUGAGCGCGCUGAGCUUCGGAGUCGCGAGUGUGGAGGCGGAUGUGUCGCUGAUCAACGGCACGCUUUAUGUGGGACACGAGAUCCAGGCUUUGGCCAAGUCGCGCACGUUGGACUCGCUGUACAUCCAGCCAUUGGUGCAAAUCCUGGCCAUGACGAACCCGAACACUUCCUUCACGGCAGAAGUGACAGGCACCCCGAACGGUGUCUUCGACACCUCGGGCGGGACUUCUUUGCACCUCCUCAUCGAUAUCAAGACCGACGGGGUCGAGGCCCUCCCCUUCAUCCUGGACGCCUUCGAGCCCCUCCGCUCGCGCGGCUACCUCACCACAUUUGCCAACGGCGUGCUCACCCGGUCCGCGAUAACCGUCAUCGGCACUGGCAACUCCCCCCUCGAGCAGGUCAAGGCGCUCGAGCCACGCGACUACUUCUUCGACGCACCGCUCACGCAGCUCACGGAUCCGUCGCUGAACACGACCUGGGACGCUACCCUCGCGCCGAUCGCGUCGACCGAUUACGAGACUGCGGUCGGCUGGAGCGGCAUCGGCAACAUCUCCGACGAGCAAAGCGCGAACCUCACGCGCUUUAUCGCGGACGCGCACCAGCGUGGCAUUCAGGCUCGUUUCUGGGACACCCCUGCCUGGCCGAUCUUCGCGCGGAACAACAUUUGGAGGGUGUUGGCAGAGGCGGGGGCUGACUGGCUGAACGCAGACGACCUCGAGGCCGCGAGCUCCUUCUGA